AUGGUUGUGAAAGGAUUACCUGGUCCUAGUGAUGAUACUCUUAUUCUUGUAUGUGGCCCUCCUGGACUGAUGAAACAUAUAUCUGGCGAUAAAGCCAACCGCUCACAAGGCGAGCUCACUGGUAUACUAAAGGAUCUUGGGUAUACGGAAGAAAUGGUAUACAAAUUUUGA